CGGGAGGGGACUUUGAGCCCAGCGGCCCCGCAGUCGGUGCCAUGGCGGGCCGGCAGCGGCACCGGCUGCUGCUGGAGAACGCCGAGCAGCUGGUGCUGGUGUGCGGCCGGCGGGAGCCGUACCUGCGGCGGGACGGGGCUGCCGGGCUGAGCGUGCUGCGGGCGGCCAGCCUGGUGGUGGGGCUGGAUGGCUGUAUCAAAGCCGUGGGCCAGGCAGAUGUUAUCCGCAAUCAGUUUUCAGGAGCAACGUUUGAAAGGAUAAUUGACUGCUCUGGGAAGUGUGUGUUACCAGGCCUGGUAGAUGCACACACACAUCCAGUGUGGGCUGGUGAUAGGGUUCAUGAGUUUGCAAUGAAGCUGGCAGGUGCAUCCUACAUGGAGAUCCACCAGGCUGGGGGAGGGAUCCAUUUCACGGUGGAGCACACUCGGAAGGCCACGGAGGACGAGCUGUGCCGGGCCCUGCAGCAGCGGCUGGAGCGCAUGCUGCGGGCGGGAUCCACGCUGGUGGAGUGCAAGAGUGGCUAUGGCUUGGAGCUGCAGGCAGAGCUCAAAAUGCUCAGGGUGAUCGAGCGUGCCAGGAAAUCCAUGGACAUUGGCAUCUCCUCCACCUACUGCGGCGCUCACGCCGUGCCCAGAGGGAAAACUGCUACCGAAGCCACAGAUGACAUUAUCAAUAACCACCUUCCUAAACUGAAAGAACUCAAACUAAGUGGUGAAAUACAUGUUAACAAUAUAGAUGUGUUCUGUGAGAAGGGAGUCUUUGAUCUGGAGUCUACAAGGAGGAUACUUGAAGCUGGAAAAGAGAUAGGGUUACAGAUUAACUUCCAUGGUGAUGAACUCCAUCCGAUGAAAUCUGCUGAGCUUGGAGCUGAGCUAGGAGCCCGGGCCAUCAGCCACCUGGAAGAAGUUAGUGAUGAAGGUAUUGUGGCAAUGGCAAGAGCUAAUUGUGCUGCUGUCCUCCUGCCAACAACAGCCUACAUGCUGAGACUGAAGCAACCUCAAGCUAGAAAAAUGUUGGAAGAAGGUGUUAUAGUUGCUCUUGGCAGUGACUUUAAUCCUAAUGCAUACUGUUUUUCAAUGCCUAUGGUGAUGCAUCUGGCCUGUGUAAACAUGAAGAUGUCAAUGAAUGAAGCACUGGCAGCUGCCACCAUUAAUGCAGCUUAUGCUCUGGGCAAAUCAGACACACAUGGCUCCUUGGAGGUUGGCAAGCAGGGAGAUCUUCUGAUCAUAAAUUCAUCAAGGUGGGAGCACUUGAUUUACCAGUUUGGUGGACAUGAAGCAUUGAUCAACUACGUUAUCGUUAAAGGAAAAGUCGUCUAUGAAAAUGAGAGAUGUAAGACAAUGAGCAGUUACUGAGAGAGGGCAGUAGCUUAGUAAGCUACUAAAAUCAAAUUAGCACAGAGUAUUUCAAGUCAACAGACAAAUCAGAUUUGUAUUUACCAGUAAGUUGUUUGCCUGCUCACCUUACUCUUGUUCAAAUAAACCUUACCAAGCAUUA